ACCUGAAAAUUCAUUAUAAAAUCAUUUUGACGUGUCUAUUUUGAUAGCUUGCAUACAGACGAUAUAAAAGCACACUUUCCCUGCACAUUUCUGCAUUCUACAGUUAGAAGGAUUUACAUAGCGUUUUAAACAUAGCUUUAAACAUUCACCUUCAAUUGCGAAGAACGAUGGCAAACGACUAUCUCUUAAACAAAUGGAAGACCUGGUUUAAAGCACUUGGGGCGAAGGAUGGAGUUCUGACAAGACAGGACGUGUCCGAGGAAGAAAAUAAAUUUGCGCAUCUCCACCAUUUCGGCGAGGAGAAGAAAAAAGACAUUACCGGAAAAUUGGACAAAUGGUGGGAUGAGUUUAUAUUCCGUAAAAGGCCGGGCCUUAUCACAGAACAAGAUUUUGUUGAAAUGCAGCAAGCCGAUUACAAGGCAUACAAAGGGAAGUACGCUAAAUGGAUAGAGACAAGUUCCAAGACGAUCUUUGAUAUAUUAGACAUAAAUCACGACGGUAUGAUAAAUGAAGAAGAAUUUUUGAUCGCCUUUAGAUCAUCUGGUCAUGAAAACGUCCAGUUAGAUAAAGAUUUCUUCAACUCUUACCAGCCGGAUAAUGGCAAAGUUCCCGUUAAGAAAAUGGUAGAUACAUGGGUGACAUUUGUAACAUGUGAGGACAGUUCGCAAAAAGAUAUAAUCAAAGAAGCAUUUGAAGCAGGUGUGUAAAGG